AUGGGGAGAAAUUAGAGGCUGCUGAAAGUUACCGAGUGCGCAGCUGAAAGGUGGAUCCUGGUUCUAGUGAAACAAGCUUCUUCCCGCAUGGUGCUCGGAAAGAAAAGCUAUGCAGAAAAAGAGUUUCCUUACUUUAGAAACUUUGAACAUUUUCAGUGUCAGUGCGCUCACACAGCCACUCAGUUUGCUUUCCGCUGCUUACACGGCACAUGUUUAUGUCCUACACGACUGCUAGAGUUGAUUAGCUCAGGCUACAUAAAGCAUUGUCGGAGGAAACAGAGUGGAAAACGGGGGACAGUUUUACACCGUUCGUUCUGUAUCAUAUUACAGAGACUCGGGGAAAAAAGAACUUUUGACAAAUCCAGCAUUUUUAACGGCUAUCAACGGAUUCCUGUGGUUCCGGUUUCGGCACAUCUCAGGACUGACUUCUAUUCACACAGCCAGCUAGAAUUGUAAAAUAAACUACUUUUCUUUUUAAAAAUAAACCUACUGUGUGGAACUGAACUGGAGAGCAAGCAGGCGCACUCUCAUUGACAUUAUAAUCAUGGUACAGAAGACAAGUAAUGCGGAGAGCUCCGAGGCUGUAUUCGAGGGAGAGUCGUCUGAUUCCGGAGCUAUGGACCUGGACAUGGCAUCCUCACCGAGCCCCGGAUCCACGGCUUCUUCCGCGGGGGAAGGCAAACUGAACCCCGCCUGGUGCAAAACACCCACCGGUCACAUCAAGAGGCCGAUGAACGCUUUCAUGGUGUGGUCACAGAUUGAAAGGCGUAAAAUUAUGGAGCAGUCACCGGACAUGCACAACGCGGAGAUAUCCAAGAGACUGGGCAAGCGCUGGAAGCUACUGAAAGACUGCGACAAGAUCCCUUUCAUACGAGAGGCGGAGCGGCUCAGACUCAAGCACAUGGCGGACUACCCAGACUACAAGUACCGGCCCAGAAAGAAGGUGAAGUCCAGCAGCUCCAAACCGGGGGGCGAGAAGGAGGGAAAGAUCAGCGGUAGCAACUGUAACACCAGCAUGAAACCAUCUUCUAAAAAGGGUGGCUCAAAAUCAUCCAGCAAACCUCAUAAAAUAGUUUUUGGGAACAGCACCAAAACACCAUCAUUCCCAGAACAAGUCAUCGGCACAGAUCACCAUUCUCUUUACAAAUCCAAGUCUGUUUCUGCUGCCAAACUAAUACCUGACAAGAAGAAGCGUAUGUAUGUGUUCGGGGGCAGCAGCCUUAGCCACAGUGUGAGCCCGUCUUCAGCAGCGGUGCCCGCCAGUCCCACACUCAGCAGCUCCGCGGAUUCCAGCGAACCACUCAGCCUGUACGAGGACGCGACAGCCAGCAGCAGGCAGGGCGGCGAGUCUCCCUCCAGCGCCUCGGAAGACUACACUACUAUGCGGGCGUCCUCCCCUACUCCCUCCGCUUCUCACUCCUCGUCCUCCUCCCAAUCCUCUUCAUCAGAUGAGGAGUUUGAGGAUGAUCUACUGGACAUUAACUCUAGCCCUGGUUUUGACAGCAUGUCUCUGGGAAGCUUUGGGUCCUCGGUUUUGGACAGAGACUUGGAUUUUAAUUUCGAGUCGGGCUCCGGUUCUCACUUUGAGUUUCCCGACUACUGCACCCCAGAGGUGAGCGAGAUGAUUUCAGGAGACUGGCUAGAGUCGACCAUUUCUAAUUUGGUGUUCACGUAUUGAGCGAGAGAAAUAGAGAACGAGAAAACCCACAAGCAGGAAAUGUUGUCUUACUAUUCUGAGCAACAAAAAAAAGGGAUUCCGGUAAAGUGAUUUUGUGUCAUACCGUAACCUACAAAGGGUCCCUCCCGCCGAGAAAGAGACUGCAAGUCCCCACGCACUGACUGUUGAACAAAGCGAGAGAAUAACUUGCUUUUUAUUUCAAGAAUCAACUGUCGACUGUUAUUAUGAGACAUGGCUACAAGUAAGCUGAAGUAUUGCCUCGACUGGAGAGGAAGAUAUUGUUGCGCUCUGAGUAGGAGUGAUCGGGUCCUAUUGAAAGAAACACUCGAUCAGAACUGGAAAACUGUGAUUGAUUUGCACGAUUAUAAUGAUGGCGGGUUUAGGUCAGCUAUACUUUAUUAAUCAAUGUGAGUUACUUAAAAGGGACAUGUUGAGAAACGUUUUAUGAUCGCCAAGUGAACUUCAUAAGACUUCCAGAGGUACAGAAACAGGCUGGAUGUCUGGACAGUGUGUUGUUGUUGUCAUCGAGGCAGACGGAUUUAUGAACCAGGUGGGUUGUUGACCUAAAAGUCAACCCUUUUUUAAAAGAUAAAACGCAUGAUGUUACCUGUCCUCUGUUUUACUGAGAUGUAUGUUAGACUGUCGAACAGUUGAAACUAGUUUUAGGGUUAUUUAAAUGGAUAGAUGGGCGCUAUGUUUGAUUCCUUUUUUUUACCUAAAAGGAACCAAAAAAAAAUCACCAGCUGUUUUAAUUCUUAACUUCAGGAUUCAAACGCAACUUAAAUCUGUGCUGAACUUUAUACACAUCUCUACAAUUCAGGACCAAAAUUAUUUUAUGUUUUUUCUGGUGUUUAUGUAAUAGAGAAAUUCUCACCGAUUUUUUUUUCAUCCUCGAAUUUCCUUUUGUUCAUUUUUUCAGAGGACAUUUUUAUAUGAUGUAUUUAUAUACUGGCCAAAACAUUUUCGACUUAAUUAUUUUUUUUGUUUAUCUUGUACAGGUCUUGUUAUGAUGUUUUCCCUCGCCGUCUGUUUCCUUCGCUGAAAGAAGGGCUAGACUUUUCACUCUUGAUUUUUUGAUAUUUAAAUGUAGACUUUUGACACUUAAAGAGAGGAAACAUUUGUUUAUUUUGUCCGUGUAUUUUUGUACAGAUAUAUAUCAAAGGGGGUGUCAAUCGGUGUAUAUCGCUGUUUGGAUUUCCUCAUGUUAAAGAUCCAGGUGGCCGGUUAACUCAUGAAUCGGCCUUCUGUCCAUGUUUACAGUAUCAAUCUGCAGGCUUCUUAAAGACACAGUACCACAUUUCAAUACCCCUGUGAACAUGCGCUUCAACUCACACACACACACACACAGUAUUUUGAGCAGGCACACUUCUGCAUUUCAUUUUAGAAUCUUGCCUACUAAUAAAGAAAGAUUGUAGCUUUAAAUGAACAAUUUCUUGGCGUUUUUAUAUCGACAUUCGGGUUUAAAACCACUGGAUGGAAGAAUAUAAAAUCAUAUAAAGUAAUUUUCAAAUUGCGUAUUUUGAGUUCCUGCAAACAACAAUUAUGUAGACCAUCUGCUUUUCUCAUUGUAUUUGAAUAUGUAAUCUUUUCUACUUGUUCGCUAACUCUAGCUAAUUGUUUUAGUAUCUUAUGGCAUGGUGAAUGAAUAGUAUUUUGUAUUUCAGAUUCAGGUUAUAGCUGUUGUGUUUAUAUAUAAAAAAUAAAAUAAAAAGAUUUCAAGCAACAAAAAAAUAAAAGAUAAGAAAAAUGAGGAUAAAACCGUGAAAACAUCUUUGUACAUUUGACUGUGUAUCAUAAGCAACAAAUAUUGUGUGUUUUAUGUGUAGUUAAGCUAUACCAUGACAGGCACUAGAACUGAUCGCUUUCUACUAUCUUUACUUAUGUUUAAGGUGGUUGUUCAGGAUUUUUUUUACAUAUAUAUAUAUAUAUAUAUAUAUAUAUAUAUAUAUAUAUAUAUAUAUAUAUAUAUAUAUAUACAGUUUUAAAUAUAUUAACUUUAUUUUCAUCCCAUUUCUGUGCAAUAUGCUGUGUAGAAUAUUGUUUUGUCUAAUCAUUGCCAUAGCAACAGUUUUGAAAAGAGGGGGGGGGACUCAUGCCAGCUAAUCGUGUCAAUUCACUGCCUGUCAGAUUGUUGAUAAUUCUGUACAUAACUUUUUUCAUUUUUUUUUUUUCAAGAAGGAAAUAAAUAUCAGCUGGAACUGAAACACA